UGUGCGCCCACGUGACUUAUCAUUUCAUUAGCAGCAGCCAUAUUUAAUAAUGAAGUCUUCUGUGAUGCGCCGGCCGGUGGCUUGGCGUUAAAGAGGCGUUGAGUCUUCCGUGGUUGAACUUGUUCAACGCUAACAAGUACUGUACGUGGCAAUACUUUUCAUUUGCAACAUCGUUGGCUCCCUGAGCCCCUUUCCUCUCGGGAAAACAGCAUGGGGGAUUUGACGAAGACGUUUCUGUACGCCUGGUGCGGAAAGCAUAAGGUUACGCCUGAAUACGAGUUCAAGAACACUGGACCGAGGCAUCGUCAGAGGUUUCUUUGUGAGGUUCGUGUUCAAGGCUUCGACUAUGUUGGUGCCGGGAAUUCGACAAACAAAAAAGAUGCUCAGACAAAUGCAGCUCGAGAUUUUCUGCAGUAUUUGGUUCGGAACAACCAUGUUUCGCAGUCUGAGGUUCCCAUUGAAAUUCCGACUGGUGGACCUCCUCCUGCUUCAAAUGACCCUGAUAUUAAAAAUGAGGAGCCAGAACCUCCCUCAAAUGACAGCAAGCCAGUUUUGCCCUACCAGCAAGGACCACCAGUAUCUUACUUGGACAGGCUGGCUGAAAAGCGAAGGCUUGAAGAAGCAGAGGACUUGGACAUGAAUUCCGGAAUCCAUGGCAACUGGACAAUUGACACUGCAAAAUCAAGGCUGCAUCAGUUCAUGCAGAUGAAUAAGAUAAAUGCUGAUUACACUUAUAGUGAAGUUGGACCAAGCCACAACAAGACCUUCUUUGCAGAAAUGGCAUUGCCUGUGCGUAAGCUGAACAUGAGAAUUCAGGCAAAAGAGCAAGGCUCUAACAAACAGAUGGCAUCAAAGUCAUGUGCCUUGUCUCUAGUGCGUCAGCUGUACCAUCUUGGCGUUAUUGAAGCCUACACAGGAGUUGCCAAGAAGAAGACUGAAAGCAAGUUGGAGCCAUAUGCUGUCACUUUGAAGCCAGAGGUUGUUGAAGAAAUGGCCGAGACCAUUAGAGCUUUGGACAUUGAAGCUGUCUGUGUUCCAGAAAAUGCUGAAAGCAUGAGUGAGCCCUUCUCACUGAAAGUUCCACGUCAACUUGAGGAGGAGCAGGUGGUAGCCCAGCCUGUGCCUGGAGGAGUAGUGCCUUGGUCCCCACCACAGCAGAAUUGGAACCCUUGGACAUCUUGCAACAUUGACGAGGGCCCUAUGGCCACUAUGACAUUGAGGCAGAUCAGUGAGGAUAUUCUUAAUAACUACAAUCAGCAGGUGGACCACGAUCCACAACUGAAAAAGAUGUUGGAUGAACGUUACCAACUUCCAGUCUACAAUUCCUAUGACAGCAUAUUAGAUGCUAUUCACCAGUCGUCAGUUGUCAUCAUUCGAGGUGCUACAGGCUGUGGAAAAACCACUCAGGUGCCACAGUAUAUACUGGACUCAUACAUAAAUCAAGGGAUUGGUGCUGAAUGCUGUAUCGUUGUCACCCAGCCUCGGAGAAUCAGCGCAGUCUCUGUUGCUGAACGAAUUGCUGAAGAACGGUCAGAGCAACUUGGGCAAAGUGCAGGCUACAGUGUUCGUUUUGAAUCUGUGCUCCCUCGUCCCUAUGGGUCCAUCUUGUUCUGCACAGUGGGUGUCCUGUUAAGGAAAUUGGAAGCUGGUCUUCGUGGAGUAUCACAUGUCAUCAUCGAUGAAAUUCAUGAGCGAGAUGUCAAUACUGACUUCAUCAUGGUUGUUAUCAGAGACAUGGUGCGAGCAUUCCCCCAGUUGCGUGUUAUACUGAUGUCUGCCACCAUCGAUGUGACAUUGUUCCAGUCAUACUUCGCAGAUUGUCCUGUCAUUGAGGUUGAAGGACGAGCACACCCUGUUCAAGAAUAUUUCUUGGAGGACUGCAUUGAGCUAGUCAACUUUGUACCCCCACCAAACUCAAAAAAGCGCAAGAGGGAUGAAGAGGACAUUGAGACAGAUGAGCCUGAUGAGAACUUGAAUAAAGUAAUAGACCCAAGUUACAAGCCUUCAACGAAGAUGGCCAUGGCUCAGUUGGAUGAGAAGACCUUGUCAUUUGAAUUGAUUGAGGCACUACUUCUACAUAUUAGGAGCAUGGAGGAGAAAGGAGGUGCGGUGCUGAUAUUUCUGCCUGGCUGGAAUUUGAUUUUUGCCCUAAUGAAGCACCUGCAGCAGCACCCCACCUUUGGUAGUUCCCAGUACCAAAUUUUGCCACUACAUUCACAGAUUCCCCGUGAAGACCAGCAUAAAGUCUUUAGGCCAGUGCCUGAUAAUGUGACAAAGGUGAUUCUUUCGACAAACAUUGCUGAGACAAGUAUUACCAUUAAUGAUGUAGUGUUCGUCAUUGACUCAUGCAAGGCCAAGAUGAAACUGUUCACAUCACACAACAACAUGACCAACUAUGCUACAGUGUUUGCUUCUAAAACAAACCUGGAGCAACGUCGAGGCCGAGCAGGACGGGUUCGACCAGGCUUCUGCUUCCACCUCUGCAGCAGAGCACGUUAUGAAAAGCUGGAAAACUAUACCACCCCUGAGAUAUUUCGUACGCCACUUCAUGAACUGGCACUUGCUAUCAAACUUCUUCGCCUUGGGGAUAUCACAAAAUUCCUCUCGAAGGCACUGGAGCCUCCACCUCUGGAUGCUGUUAUUGAAUCUGAAGUUCUGCUUCGGGAGAUGGGAGCUUUGACAGUUAUGGGAGAACUUACAGCAUUGGGAAAGAUAUUGGCUCGUCUGCCCAUUGAGCCUCGGCUUGGCAAGAUGCUGAUUCUUGGCCUCAUCUUUGGGGCGGGUGAUGCACUGUGUACAAUAUCGGCCAACAGCAGCACAUUCCCAGAACCAUUUGACACACCUUUCCCCAAGCGGCUGGCAUAUGUGCAGCGACGCUUCUUUGGGGGACGCUGGAGUGACCACAUCACACUUCUUAACGUGUUCAACCAGUGGGAACAGGCUCAUAUGCAGGGGGAGUAUGCUGAGAGCAGCUUCUGUGAACAGUUUUCCAUCUCUAUGCCCACACUGCGCAUCACCUAUGAUGCUAAGAAUCAGAUCAAGGAGCUGUUGAUGAGCGCUGGGUUUCCUGAGAUGGCAGUGGCACCAGAAGCAUACAACUUCAAUGGUGUCGACCCCAAACUGGAUGUGAUGGUGGCUCUGCUGGUGCUUGGCCAUUACCCCAACAUUUGCUAUCACAAAGAAAAGCGUAAAGUGCUCACUACUGACAACAGGUCAGCCCUCAUCCACAAGACUUCAGUCAACUGCACCAAUCUGCCUGCGUCCAACAAGUUCCCAAGCCCAUUUUUUGUCUUCGGUGAAAAGAUCCGUACAAGGGCAGUCUCCUGUAAGCAGAUGUCGAUGAUAUCACCCAUACAUAUUUUGUUGUUUGGCUGCAAAAGAGUGGAAUUGGUGAAUGGUGUGGUCCAGGUUGAUGGCUGGAUCAACCUGAAGAUGGAUCCCCAGGCUGCUGCCCAUGUAGUCUCUCUGCAAGUAGCCGUGGACAGUGUCAUUAAUAGUAUCACCAUUGACCCAGGGCUUCUAACACAACCUUCAGAUGAUUUGGCAAGGAUAAUCAGUACUAUCAAGAAGCUUUGUCGCUUUGACUCCAUUGAAGUUGGCACAGAAGGUGCAGAUGUCACUGAGUCAUUUGGUGGAAAUGCACAGCCUGUGAGAAAGAUGCCUCGGUUAAGCAAUGUUGGUGGAGGAGCCAGUGCUGGAGGAGACUACUCCCCUGAUUCCAGAGGUGGUUUCAGGGGAGGUUUCCGUGGAGGAUUCAGAGGUGGCUAUGGAAAUGAAAACAGAGGGUAUUCUGGAUUUCGAGGCAGCUACAACCGUGGGCGUGGCUAUGGGUAUGGCAAUGGUGGUGGCACUGGUUAUGGAAACUCUGGUGGCUAUGGCUAUGGGAACCGUGGUGGUUACGACAGUGGAAGUCGUGGUGGCUAUGGCAGCAGAGGCGGCUACCAGCCUGGAGGAUACAAUGGUGGGUCGCCGCAAAGCUCUGGAUGGGGCGGCGGACGAGGGCGGGGAGGUUUUCGUGGAGGGUGGGGGGGCUACUAAAGCAUACCUUGGUUAACUAGUGCAUUAGUUUCCACAAGCUAGUGGUUUGCAUCACUUGUGAUUAUGUUCAUCUUUAAGACAUUGUUGGCAUUUUAUCUUCAUUGUUCUCACUGCACAGAUUCACCAAUAUCAACAAAAGACCAUGUGCACAUUUGAGUUCUUUAAUAAAGGUACCAUUUCCUCGGGUC